UUUGACGUUUAUCAUAUGACAGUUGGGCGAGGUGUAAAUUGGUGUCCCGUGCGUAACUUAUUUCAAAUAAAGCAAAAAAAAAUGAAAGGUUGUAUUUUUAACAUCGACAAUGGGUAUUUGGAAGGGCUGUGCCGUGGUUUCAAAUGUGGGAUUCUAAAGCAAGCAGAUUAUUUGAAUUUGGUACAAUGCGAGUCAUUGGAAGAUCUUAAAUUGCAUCUCCAGGGAACCGAUUACGGUAACUUUUUGGCAAAUGAGCCAUCCCCACUGUCCGUUUCUACGAUAGAUUCAAAACUAAGGGAAAAACUUGUGAUUGAAUUCCAGCACAUGCGUAACCAAGCAGUAGAACCUCUUUCCACCUUCCUCGAUUUCAUUACGUACAGUUACAUGAUCGACAACAUAAUUCUGCUUAUUACCGGCACCUUACAUCAACGACCUAUUGGAGAACUUAUCCCAAAAUGCCACCCUUUGGGAAGUUUUGAACAGAUGGAAGCCAUCCACGUAGCAGCUACCCCUGCAGAGUUAUACAAUGCCGUGCUAGUCGAUACCCCGCUAGCCCCAUUCUUCGUAGACUGUAUCAGUGAACAAGAUUUGGAUGAAAUGAAUAUCGAGAUUAUUCGCAACACUUUAUACAAGGCUUAUCUGGAGGCUUUCUAUAAUUUCUGUAAGGAAAUCGGUGGAACGACUGCCGAUUCUAUGUGUGAAAUUCUAACUUUCGAGGCGGACAGGCGUGCUAUAAUAAUCACAAUCAAUUCCUUUGGUACCGAAUUAAGUAAGGACGAUCGUGCCAAGUUGUAUCCUCGUUGCGGAAAGCUACACCCAGACGGUUUGGCUGCUUUAGCCAGGGCGGAGGAUUACGAACAGGUCAAGGCAGUCGCUGAAUAUUACGCGGAAUAUUCUAAAUUAUUCGAAGGUGCAGGAAACAAUCCCGGGGACAAGACCUUGGAAGAUAAGUUUUUCGAACACGAGGUACGUUUGAAUAUCAAUGCGUUCAUGCAGCAGUUUCACUUUGGGGUGUUCUAUUCUUAUUUGAAGCUGAAGGAACAGGAAUGUCGUAAUAUCGUGUGGAUAGCGGAAUGUGUUGCUCAGAAGCACCGAGCUAAGAUCGAUAAUUACAUACCUAUCUUCUAAAUACUUCUGCGGAGAUUCUCCUUGAUUUUUUAAAUCUUCAACAUUCUAUCUAUACUUUAAGUAUUAAUUAGUGUUGAUUUGACACUAUUAUUAUUAUUAUAUAUUGUAAUGUAAAAAUACAAUUUUUUCUUUUAUUAAUAAAUGUAUUAUAUGUUGAUUGAAAUUGUUAAGUAAGUUGUCAAGAUAUUAGAUAUAAAUAAAACGUAAUCAAUUUGUGAUUUAUUGA